AGUUGACGACCCUGUGCGGCAGUCGCGACAAUAUUUAAAUGUUUGGGUUACUCUCGAAGCGGCUCAACAGAGAGGAAAGCGACUCACCGCUUCAGGAACGGUACUCGGCGUAUGAGACUCCAAGUGGGAGACGCAGUUCGAGUGCCGUGCAGACUCCUACCUAUGAUAUAGACACAUCGCCCGAGUUUCCAGAUCCUCAUAGGAUACCCAAGGUGAAACGGAAAGUGAUGGAGAGAAAGUUCAGGAUCUCACCGGCAACUUUGAGAAACGAACUUGAAAACAAUGACGUUUAUAAUAACAACUACCUGGAGACAGUCCUCCUGGAUGAGUUCUUAACGAACCUGGUUAUGAAGGAGUACGUGUGGCAACUUAACAGACAGGACAUCAAAUGUUUCAAUAAUGAGGUGAUUGGAAACAUAAAAGCGACGGUGGGAGAGAAACUGCCCACGAAGAUCAACAGGGAGAUCCUAAUCCGCUCUAUACCUGCGGAGAACAACUACCUUGUGAGGAUUGGACACCGCAUUCCUUCUGCAGACUUCCUGAAGUUGUGGAGGAACUACGACACAGAUCACUCGGGAUACCUGGAGAUCAAAGAGCUUCAGUUUCUUGUGCACGACUUUGCUCAGCUAGUAGGAGAAGACGUAUCGGGCGAGGAUCUGAACAAGGCGCUGAAUAGCCUAAUGAGUGAGUUUGAUGUUAACAAGGACGGUAGACUCGAGCUUGAGGAGCUGUCCCAUCUCAUGAGUGUGGAGGAUAACUUUAUGAAGGCUUUUUGUAGCAGACAGUACCUGACAAGAAAAGACUUUGACAGGAUAUUUGCUCACUACGACACGGACUCGACCGGAUACCUGGACAAGGAGGAAGUAAUGGCCCUUCUGAACGAUAUCCUCAAGUACCACGAGUCAUCUGACGCACAUAUUCCUGUACCAGUUCUAAAGGAGGUUUACAAGGAAGUAAUGAAAGCGUGCGAUACCAACAACAGUAACACAAUACAGAAAUGUGAGCUCGCUCUGCUCUUGACUUCUGUUUAGGGAUAAAGCUCGGAGACCCAUCGUACGGACACCAUUAAAGCUCAUACUUCAGAUUCAGGCGAGAUAAAGAUUAAAAAUGGACACUAUUAAAUCUCAAACUUCAGAUUCAGAGGGAUUCUAAAGAUAAGGGGAGAUAAAGAUUAAAAAUGGCCUCCUUAUGUUCAAUUUUAAUUCAUUUUCUCACUACUCAAAACUGUUUUUUUGAUAAUAACCACGAUUUUGUUACGAAUAAUAAGUGAAAACUUGUAAAUUUUAAUGUAACGUCAGAGAUGUGGGAUGAUCCUUCACAUUAAAGUCGUUUUUGAAUUGAGACUAUUUGUUUAAGAUGGCUUAUCUCAAGAACAUAUUUUCAAUUGACCAGUUUUGUUUUGUUAUUUACAAGUUAUGAAUUAUUU